CCACUAUGUCACGCAAGAUUUAUAUUGUUACUGUUUGAAACCUCGAUCGUGAAUUUCUUCACCUUUUUGGUAGAUUAUUGUCCAUUAUUGGUUUAUCCUAACGUUUAAAUCUUCCUUAAAGAUAAAACAUUCGUCCUUUGCAGCCAGGGAGGAGAAAACCUCCAUAAUAUAGUCGAACCUACCAUUAUCAAGAUGGCGACCAAGAAAUCGUGUUUGUGGUAUGUUUUUAUUUUGCAAGGGACUCUCUUUUUUGAUAGCUCUGCGUUCGCGAAUGGUAAGUGAUUAAUGUAGUUUCUAAUUCCUAUAAACUGAAGCUAUUUUUCUCAUCUGUACGCAUUUACACUGUUUCAAAUCACCAGAGAUUGGUGGUGAGCUCUAGGUACAGGUAGAUGCCCUGUAUUGUUUGAUUAACAAACAAUGGACUUACUCCGUUAACGAUUACACGGGCAAUAGUUUUAAAACUUGCCUCAGGCGUUAAUUUAUGUUUCUUUAUUUACGUUAAUUUCAAAUAUAAAUGCUUUAAGACGAAUACAGGAAAAAUAAAUGUUUAUUAAUCACGGGCAGCAAUAGUAAUAAAGAAAUACCUUUACGAUUUCCGGCACCAAAAACAAUUGACUGACUGGCGUAAUUUAAACUAAUUAUUUUAUUAAGACUCAUUUGUCAGGGAUGAUCUUGGGUAACCAUUGUCAGUUUUUCUUGUUAUAAAUGGGCGAACAGUGAAGUUACUAUGUCUAGACUACAUCUGGAUAAGUGAACUAAUAAGUAGAUAGUAUGUCUGGAUGAAUGGGCCAGUACAGUGUCAAUAUCACUAGUAAUCAUAAAAAAUUCUCAAAUCUGAUUGGCUAUCAACUGCCCUGAUUUCGGCCUUAAUUGGACAAUUUAAUAGGACAGUACGCGUCAUGCCUAAGUAUUGGACAGUACGUGCCAUCAAGCCUUUGGCCUUUUUUUCACUACUAGCAAAAAAAAAUUGGAUUUCUUCUGUUUUGAUUUCAAAAAAGGGCCUUAUAUAUCACAAAUUUUGUUAAAGUUAUGAUUAAUUGGUAACAGAACUUUGUGUCGUCCAAUUCAGUCUGUAAUCAUACUCUUGAUUAAACAAAUCGGACGACCGCAUAAUCACUCGUAUGAUUACAGACCGAAUUGGACUCCACUCAGUCCUGUUACCAUUACUAAUGAUAUUGACACUACAGCUGAGCCUACUCAGUUUGUUGUCGGUCUAUUGGAUCCGUGGUCUUUGUGUAGCUCUUUGAAAAAUACCGAUUUCAUAUUGGAGAUUUGCACACAUACUCUGUACAAUAGGUGAGAUAACAACAAGAAACGCAAGAGUCCAUCCACUACACGGAGGCUUUGAUCAAAACACCCUCAGUUUCAAGAAUUUUUUCAACUACCAGAAAAGACUUGAUUAGAUGUGGUAAUUUUCCCCAUUUCUCUUGCUUUUCUUUACAAACAAUUCAUUUUAAGAGCCGGAAAGCAAGCCUUAGGAUUUUAAGCUUUGAUUAAUUCUGCACUCGUGUUCUGGUCAUUUUUUUUUUUAAACUAAACAGCAUUUAAGCAGCGUGCAAAGAAAGUACUGUCCGAUAGCCCGGGGCUAGUGGAUUUUGCUAUCGGGCUAGUGAAUUCUGUUUUUUACUUGCCCGACGGGCAAGUGAUGUUUUAUGAGGAAUUUGAAUAACAGAAGAACAAAACGUUUUUGGGGCUAGUUGAAAUGACGUCUGGGCUAGUAAAUGCUAGCUUCAGCUUGCCCGAAGGGCAAGCUGUUAAAAUGAUGUUAUUUGCACCCUGAUUUAAGGCAAUACUUUGCUUUAAAAAAUCUUUAUAGAGGGGCAUCUCACAUCUGUAAUCGUCCGUAAUACCUGCAGGUUUUUCGAAGUAGUCACCCUUAUUGAAGAAAGGAAGAAAAAGAUAAGAUGUAAAGAGAGAAACACCUUCUAUAAAACAAUAAAUUGUCAUUUAGCGUUUACCUUUCACAGUAAGAAAUAAGGGUGACUUCAGAUAGAUGGUCAAGAAACAUAUUACCACGUCUCCUUAGUAAUUUCACUGCCUUUUUAAAGACAAAGUAUAAUAUUAUUAGGAAAUGCAAACCUGACUUACUUUCAGACAUCCUCGCAACGUUCACAAUAAAUAAUAUUAAGCAAAUAUACACCAUAAUAAAUGCAAAAUUUACUUUUCAAAUUCACAAUCUGCACAUUUCUUCUGUGGAAGGGACAUUUGAAAUUCAAAUCCAGCAUUGUGGUAGGGCAUUUGAACAGGUCUGUCUUAAAAAGUUCAGAUGCCCAGGGCUUGCUUGGGAAGAGGGGUGUUUUGAAGUUUUGAAAUGAUUGGUGCAUAAUAAGAAGUAUAUGCUAUAGCUAAGUAGCACCUCCCCCUCCCCCCUGGGGGAAUACUACUAUCAUCAAGUGCAGUGGUCAAGAGCACAGAGCCAAUUAUCAUUUAAAAGAAAAUAGUAUUGCUAGUUUUUUCGUUUCCCUUAUUAAUUACCUCAGAGUUAAGAUAUUGUCCUUUACAGAAGUUCGUUCAGACUUUUGUUUUUCUAAUCAUUUGCGUUUGACAUCAAAUCUAGCUAAGCUAUAGAAACAGUGGAAGAAACAAAGACUGAAAAUGAAAACCUUUACAACUGCGACAAAAUACAAAGGUGUUAUAUGCAAAUGCAUGAAUUUUUGAGAAGAGAGAGAAAUAAAAGCUUUUUUCUUCCAUUUCGGUAGUUUUCUUUUCCACAUUGUUUGUCUUCCGUUUUAGGUCUUGUACAUCUUCCUAAUCUAAUCGACUAACCUUCUUCUACGUGUUUGGCAGAUACUUCGCUGAGUUCAGAUUCUAUUGUAGCGAGCUUUUCUAAUUUUUUCAACACACGUUUAAGUUGCUGUCCUACGUCUUGCACGAUCUUAUUUGUAGUUUCAGGUUUCAGUUAUAUUUCUUGAGUUGAUUGACUACUAGUCUUGUGCAUGAAUGGGCAUUUUUCAAGGUUUCAUUCGAAUUUUUUAAAAAAAACUUAGAACCUGUGAGUUUAGAAUAUUUCGUUAUGUCACAGCUAAUAAAAGAAACGUAACACAAAAAACGUUCUCAUGUAAGCGGACCCCAUCCACACAAUUUAUCGUUUGUACAAGAAGGUAAUAGACUCACAAAUGAGUUUUUGCACUUGAUGUAAGGAUCCAAUAUUUCAUUCAGUAGUUUCUUAAUAUCUCUUACCUUUGUUCACAGCUCUAAUGUUUCUCUGGUCCUCGGUCAGCGUUAAUUUUGACACCUCUACGUGAAUCAGAUACCUGAAUCAGAAUCUCUUUCCGAUCCUGGCCUUCUUCCCUGGACUAAUGUCAAAAUACUUCGCUUUCUUUAACAAAUAAUCCUCAAUACUUUAGAAAAAAAUAUUUCUUCAACUGGAAACUUGGAUUAAUCCAGUUGCCAAGCAUUUAUUCAUAUACUAAUAGGUAUUGUAAAAUAUGUAGGAUACGCGUCUCAAAAACCUUUCUUAUCAACAAUUUAUUAUUCCUUGCAUAAAAUCAAAUUAACAAAAGUUGAGGUAUUUCAUUCUUCUGCCUGAAGCCGUUCCGUUUUUCACAUAUUGCACGACUUAUAUGUGGCGUCAGUUGAACUACUGCUUUAAAAGAUGAUGCGUUUACUAAGCUGAGGUAAAAUUAUAUAAAGCGGGACGAUUAAUUUACCAUUGUUCGUUCAUCACUGCCUACUUAUUAUAAAAUCCUUAAUUUUUCAAUGUCUCUCUUCAAUGUUCUCUUUUAGGAGACAUUGCUAUAUAACCCCUGCAUAUUUAUAGUGGGUAGCGCACGAAUCAAAACAGGUUUGUCUACCUGAAUAGGACGUAGGCGCUUUACCAAUAUACAGGGUCUGAAAUGGGAAGGUAAUACAUUUAUGGUGUCUGCUAGACUAGAAAACACUGGAGGCCAGUUAUUUAAACGGAGUUUAGGCAUUGUCUAACAAAACCGCGUUCUAAGCCAUUUUCAGUUUGCCCAAUGCUUUUAUCUUAACACCAUUUAUCAUGUAAAGUUUCAUAAAAGCAUAAGGCCUAGCCUGGAAAAGCACGCUUAUUUUCUUAAAAUAGAGAAAAUAACCCACUUUGGAAGAGAUUUGGAGGUCCAAAGAUUUGCUAAACCGCGGCCUAACUUAAACAUCGUUUAAAUAACUGACCCUCAAUGUUUCCAAGAUAGAACCAGCGAGUUCGGCGAAACACGGGAGUGACGGAAAAUCGCAUCAAGCUUCUUCCAAUCGUCCAGAUAGAAUGAGGGUGGAUAUGAGAACGGUACGAGACGACAAAUGCAGCGCCUAAAACAGGCUAGAGGAAAAGUGGGAUAAGGGUUAUUUGUUUAGGCUCUCGUGCUGUCCCAGUCGAGGCUAGUUCAGAAAAGGAAGACGUUAUAACCCUUAACACAAUUUUCUUUCUCUUUCCUGGUUUUAGAAAGAGCAACCCGUGAUCUGCGUUGCCCUCAAAAACAGGUCACAACUUCGACUGGCCAGCAAGCAACGCUUGGUUGCUACACUGCCCAAGCAAAUUCCUCAUCGCUUAAAUAUUCAUGGAAAAAGGACAAUGUCACUGUCACGUCGUCUUCACACAUAACGGUUUAUGCCAACAUGUUGUUUGUAAGGCCUGAAAAUGACACAGAUUUUGGAACAUACGAGUGUCACGAAGGAGUAUCUAAUACAAGUUGCAGUAUUUCACUGAGGUCUCGACGAGGUAAAACCAGUCAGCAGUUAAAUAUGUUUAUUAUUAGAAUAAAGCGAACUCAAUCGGGGCCACCGACGCUUUGAAAUAUAAAUUCUUCUCAUUCUUCUCUUAAUUUUGUCCUUUCCUCAACUUUUGUUUCGCACUAAAAAUAGCAGACUCCUUUGUAGCCAGCGAAGCUGGCAGGUUUUGUGGGGAGCGCAAACAAGAGGCGAAGCCGCGUGGGGAAUGGAGCAGCCCCCUCGCAGCCUCGCCACUAGCAAACGCUCGAAUAGAGCCGUCUCUCCUUGCUUUUUGUCGUCCCUGGCGGCGAGGAGCGAGAAAAGACGGCUUUAUUUGCAGGCUUCUCUCUCUUCCCUCCCCAACAAAUCCACUAGCUACACAGGCUCAUUCCUUUGUUUUUUAGCGUGACCUUUGAUUAAUGUAGCUUGGCCCUUGUAGAGAUCGCUGCGCUGUAAAACCAUUUUUGCUAUGAAUGAGAUGGCUACUUUAAACAUUGUCCCUCCCUGAUCCCUUUGUCCCCCUGGGUGCCUGCUUAUUCAAAUUUUGUCUUAUAAAACUGAUGCUUUUUUUUAAUUCGAGUUUUGAUCCUGAAAAACGGGCUUCUGUAUCAAGUACAAAUGUAGCCUGCAAGGCAUACGCGAAAGGAAGCGAGGAGGAAAAACAUCUUGCGCGCGAGAGCACGAGCGGUGCGCGACUCCUCGUUUCUUUUUUGCUUUCUUGCGCCCUGCCACGCAAGCUACUCUUGGGAAAUGUAAAACUCUGUCUGUUGGGUAUUGCAGAAAGUGAAGGAUACAUCAACGUGGUAACUGGAUGUGUGAAUCUGGCCGUUCUAAUGCCGGUUUUGGCAGUUAUGAUGGUUUCACUUCUUUUAAACGUUCAUUUUUUAAUCCAGUGGAGACGAAGACAGCGGUUUUUGCUCUCCGAAGAAGAGAUCUAUCAGUUACAUUUAGCGCGCGAAGCUACCGCAGUUGAUCACGAGGACCAGGAGGAAGAAAAUGUUGAAGUAAAGAAAAAGAAAUUUUUCGGCGGACGAUUUAAAAAGUGCAAGAAAGAAGGAGACAAAAACGGGAAGGAUCAUGAAAAUAUACAGGACAGCAGUAACCUGGAUAAGGACGAAGGAGAAGCAAUUGAAAUGCAAGAAAGCAAGGAUUUCUUGAACGCGCAGGACGGCUCGCGCGGUCUUGAUAUCCCACGAGAACAGGACAGCUCGUGGGAAAAGAAGAGGCCGUGGGAGCAUGAUGAUGAUGUCACGCGUGCUGAUGACAAUCAAGAGAUUCUACGCUUAGACGACAUUUUACGAGUGCAAGAGACAAGCACUCCCGUGCAAGACAGCAUGAACGAAUGGGAAAGCCCUCGCUCAAUUGACAGUGCGGGCACGAAAGGAAUACCACGUUUGGAGGAUAUCCUUCGCGAGCAGGACAGCAGCCUACCGACGCAAGACCACUCGCACGAGUUAGAUAGCCCUCGCACACAAGAGAGUCCACGCACAAAGGAAAUUCCUCGUUUGGAAGAAAUUUUUAGUGCAUCAGAAGGGGAAGCUAAAGAAAAUGUACACGAUGAAACAAGACCCGAUGUCUCUGGUGCACACCGCGGGUCAGGUAGUUUGCAGGCUCCUAGAAUAGCUGAAUUCUUCUUACCUAGUGAUGAAAGCGAUGCGGAGCCUCAAAGCGUGACGUCAGAAGAGCCUUUGGUGAGUCAUUAUAUGGAGAAAAUGGAUUUUGAAAAAGAAAAUGAAGAUGAACAUGGCGAAGAACCUCUUGUAAGUCAUUACAUGGAGAAAAUGGAUUUUGAAAAGGGAAACGAGGAUAAUGUUCAAGACCAAGAACCACUUGUGAGUUAUUAUAAGGAGAAGAUGGAUUUUGAAGAAUCGAAAAAUGAUGAGGAACCGGUCUUAAAAUGA